CGGGCCGCUGCCCGCCGAGGGAGGACGGGAGGACGGGAGGACGGGAGGAAGGCUCCCGCCGGGCCCCCGCCAUGGCUUGGCGAGCAGCCCCCGGCCUGGCGGCCCGGCGGCUGCUGCUGCGGCGGCCGGGGCGGCGGGGGAUCGCCUCCUGCAUUGACCUGUCCGCCGGCCUGACUGAGGAGCAGAAGGAAUUCCAAAAAGUCGCCCUUGAUUUUGCUGCCAAGGAGAUGGCUCCUCACAUGGCUGAGUGGGAUGAAAAGGAGAUAUUCCCUGUGGAAACGAUGCGGAAGGCAGCCCAGCUGGGAUUCGGUGGGAUCUAUGUAAAGCCAGACGUCGGUGGCUCAGGGUUGUCACGACUUGAUACCUCCGUCAUCUUUGAAGCUUUAUCAACGGGUUGUACCAGCACCACUGCUUACAUGAGCAUCCACAACAUGUGUGUUUGGAUGAUUGACACCUUUGGCAAUGAGGAACAGAGGCGCAGGUUCUGCCCGUCGCUCUGUAGCAUGGAAAAAUUUGCUUCUUACUGCCUGACUGAGCCAGGAAGUGGAAGUGAUGCAGCCUCCCUGCUGACCUCAGCACAGAGGAAAGGAGACACCUACGUCCUGAACGGCUCCAAGGCCUUCAUCAGUGGGGGCGGUGACACCGAUGUGUACGUGGUCAUGUGUCGCACAGGAGGCCCCGGCCCCAAGGGCAUCUCCUGCCUGGUGCUGGAGAAGGGGACGCCGGGGCUCAGCUUUGGCAAGAAAGAGAAGAAGGUGGGCUGGAAUUCCCAGCCAACUCGGGCUGUGAUCUUUGAGGACUGCGUUGUUCCUGUGGGCAACCGGCUGGGAGCAGAAGGGCAGGGCUUCAGCAUUGCCAUGAAUGGACUGAAUGGAGGCAGGAUAAAUAUUGCUUCUUGUUCGUUAGGAGCUGCUCAUGCCUCUGUUGUUCUGGCUCAGCAACAUCUCACUGUUCGCAAGCAGUUCGGAGAACCCCUGGCAAACAAUCAGUACCUGCAGUUCAGGCUGGCGGAGAUGGCGACGCGCCUGGUGGCGUCACGGCUCAUGGUUCGCAAUGCAGCGCGGGCACUGCAGGCGGGACAGGAGGACGCGGCUGUGCUGUGCUCCAUGGCCAAGCUCUUUGCUACCGAUGAAUGCUUUGCGAUCUGUAACCAGGCUCUACAGAUGCACGGCGGCUACGGCUACCUGAAGGAUUAUGCUGUGCAGCAGUUUGUGCGAGACAUCAGAGUCCACCAGAUCCUGGAAGGUACGAAUGAGGUGAUGCGGAUGAUUGUGGCCAGGAAUCUGCUACAGGGCUGAUGCCAAGAGCUAAUCUCCAGUGUUACAUCACUUUGUCUGUUACACAGCUCGGUCUGUUUCCCUCCCCUGUUCACCAACUCUCCCUGGGAGUGGAGAGGGGGAUACCCCAGUGGAAACAGUCUUUCUGCCUUAUAUCGACCGGGAGCACAGCUGGACACCGCCACAGCUGCACUCCGUGCCUGGCAGAGCUGCUCUUACUAGGCUAGUGUUGCGCAGCCUGAAGAUAUAAAUCACAGUCGUGAAUACGAGCCUCUGUCUUCAAAUCUUGAUUGCGGGCUGCUUGGCACCCAUCCUUCUGGGAGAAACACUAGACCUGUUGGUCAUCUCUGCUGAGUCAGGACUGAAACGGGAACGCCAGGCAGAGGUGCAGUCCCACAGGACUCUAUCGGUGAAAUCUUUGGUUCGAGGGAACUCGUUGAUCUGCUUCAAAACCUGCCCUCCUGGGCGCCGACCGCACCGCUGGGCGCGAGUCAGCCGCAAGUCCUGAGCUCCAACUGCUUGCAGAGUGCGAUGGCCGCCUAACCGAGGAGCAGGAUGCCUCGUGUUUAUCUAGAAGCACUCCUCGCUCUCGUUUCCCAGCACGCCUUUCCUGACGGCUCGCUCUCCUCCCCGCUCCCACCACGUACUGGUGCUUCACCUCACAGAAGCCCGUGCAGUACAGGGGUACUAAUCAAGAAUUAAGGUCCCGCAGAGAAACAUUUAGCUCUGUUGCAUCAAAUCAGUACUCCCUCCUGCGUACAACAUAGGGGGAGCAAAAACACCGGUAAAUUAAACUCUCCCCCUCGUCAGAUUUGGAAUCAAUAAAGCAACGAUGGCAAGAGCGUCAGAA